GAAAAGAAGUUUUUUCUUUACGAAAAAUUUUUUUUUUAUCAUUCUCAUCCCUAAUUGUUCAAUUCGAAAGGAAGGGUAAAUCUAGUGCUAAUUAUCGGGGAACAGUUUAGAACUCUGCUUCUCUUCAAAAUUUCAGACUGAAAAUUUCAAAUAUGCAAUCAUCAGCCUGUAUCCAUUUCAAUAGCACAGUUAAGCUAGGGUUUCGGCAGGCUCUAGGCUUGUCAUCAUCACGCAAUACUGGGUAUUUGAAGUCCAAUUUCUUAAAAGCAAAACCUAGAAGGGUGUUGUUGAUAACACAGAGCCACAACAAAGCUCACCAGCAACACCAAAGGAGAAGCAAAGAGAGAGUACAUGUGAAGGGAAAGAAAGAAAAUGUGUGGAGCAUUGACAAUGAAAUGGCAAAAGCCAAAGAAAAAGAGUCGGAAAGGCGAAGCCAACAGAGAAGGAGAAGAGGGAGGAGAAUCGUUAAAGGGAAGAGAAAUAAGAGUGGUCUCGUCAUGGUCUCUGCUGCCAUGUUAGUGGAGGUUGAAACCGUUCUUCAAACUCAGGAACCUGUAAUAAAACCAGCAUGGAAUACGUUUACUAGUAGUGUGAGUGGGAUAUGGAAGGGGGUUGGAGCAGUGUUUUCACCCAUCACUGCUGAAAUGGAGCCAGUUGAUAUUGGAAACAAGAAUGAAAACCUAUAUGAUUGUUAUAUUCUCUCCUGCGUUCAGGCAAUGCCAUCUUCUGGAGGACAGACAUCUCAAAUUCAAAGGAAAGUAAAUUGGAUGACUUUAAACCCUUACGGUGAAAUCUUGCAGCGCAUUGGAGAUGGUAGUAGAAGAAGUAAAGAGGGGCUUACCGAGGGAGUUGUUGAUCAAAGUGUAACAAAUCAUGUUUUGCCUAGUUUUGAGUCUUUUAAUUUUGAAAGAAGUGAUGUGAUGGAAGAAGAUGUUAUGGGCAAUGAACCUGGUCUCGUAUACUUUGAGGACGGAUCUUAUUCCAGGGGUCCAGUUGAUUUUCCGGUUGGUGAAGUUGAUGAUUCUAAAUAUUUCCUUUCUCCGACGUUCAAGUUUGAGCAAUGCUUGGUAAAAGGUUGCCACAAAAGACUUCGUAUUGUUCAUACCAUAGAAUUCAGCGAUGGGGGUGCAGACAUACAGAUAAUGAGAGUUGCUGUUUAUGAAGAGCAAUGGCUCAGCCCUGUGAAUCUUCAUGACGAAAGUGAUCUGGAGUUGGAUGUAAAGCCAUUCUCACAGCGGAAGCGGACCCAGCCAUCAGAGCUGACUGGCUCUUGGAAGGUAUAUGAAGUGAGUGCCACUCCUGUGUUUGGUGAGGAGGAAAUGGUGACUCUGGAAAGCAAUGGCAGCCCAUAUGUGUACCUUUGUACCGAAACUCUGAAGAAGAGGAGUUUGCCUGAGAGUUCAACAUACUUUGGAGAGGAAGAGAUGCUAGAUAUGCAGGAUGCAACAAUUCUUUGGCUGCCGGGAGGCGUGACUAGUUAUGUUGACAUAAGCAAGGAUGGAGUCCUUUGCAUUGGUGCUGGAUGGUAUUCAGAUGAGGGAAUCAACCUGGUUAUGGAAAGGGAUUAUGGAAUGGAUGGGAGGCUCAAGGAAGUCCGAUAUAAAUCAGAGGUAAAGAGAAGGUGGCCGGAUCAAUUACCUGUGUAAAUUUUCAAUUCAAACAUCUUUAUUUUGUACUUGUAUAUUUUUACAUCUUACAAAUAAAUCUUGUUGAAUUGAAUUAA